AUGAGGGGUUGCAGGUAUCUCCCGCACCUAUUCUGCCCGCUCCACGAGGAGGAACUAAAACUGUUCUGUGAGACGGACGGGAAACUGAUCUGUGGGAUUUGCCGGGACAGCCGGGAGCACAAAUAUCACCACUACAUCCCAGUGAAUGAGGCGCUGGACAUCUACCAGCAGCUUCACUCCCAUUCCCUCAUCCCAGUGAAUGAGGCGCUGGACAUCUACCAGGAUAAGCUGCAGUCGCACCUGGAGACGGCCAGGCGAAGGAGGGCCGCGGCCCUGAAGGCCAGGCUCCAGCAGAGGCAGAAGAUCUCCGAAGUGCGGGAACAGUCGAGCAGCCUGCAGAGUCACAUCAAGUUCGAGUUUACAAGGAUGCACCGCUUCCUUAAUGAGAGGGAGGAGCAGCUGAGCCGUGACCUCCGAGAGGCAGAGGGCCGGAUUCUGGAGGAGAUGGAACAGAAUCUGCAGCAGAUUCAGGAUGCACUGGACGCCAUUGAGCAUGUACUGGGAGAGCUGCAGUCCCAGAUGAACCAACAGGAUAUAAUGGCCCUACUCAAGGAGGAGAGCAUUUGGAACAGGAGGUUCAGCAAUAAAGGCAAUUCACUAGAACCGGUUGACCUGGAUCUGCCCUUGGGGAUAUUCAAAGGCCCAUUGCAAUAUGCAGCCUGGCGUGCAAUGAUGGACGUUAUCAGGCCUGUACCGGUGCCUCUGACCCUAAACCCCGAUACUGCUAACCCCUGGCUCGUCCUGUCCGAGGACCUGCACAGCGUGAGGAUGGGGCAGCAGCGGCGGACAGUGCCAGAGUCCGCAGAGAGAUUCGAUCGGUGCGCCUGCGUCUUGGCCAUGGAGGGAUUCUCUACAGGGCAGCACUACUGGGAGGUGCAGGUGGGACAGAAGACAGAGUGGGAUCUCGGGGUAGCCAAAAAAUCCUGCCAGAGGAAGGGGAGGAUCCGACGCUAUCCCGACGAUGGGCACUGGAGAUUAAGCCUGAGGCGGCAGAGUGAGUACACGGUGUUCACGGACCCUCCUACUUUGCUCAGUCUGACCCGCAGCCCGCACACGGUGGGCAUCUACCUGGACUAUGAAGGCGGGCAAUUAUCAUUCUAUGACGUGGAUGGGAUGAUUCACCUCCACACCUUCACUGACACCUUCACUGACACCCUCUACCCCUAUUUCUGCCCCUGUCUAGGGGACGGAGGAAAGAACUUGGAAGCCAUGAAAAUCUGCUGGGUGAAGAGGCCCUCUCAUCAUAAAGCGCCUGAGACAUUAAUUCACCGCAGUCUGCACUCUGAUACUUUGACUGCUGGGUCCCUGCAGGAACACACACUGGAGGCUAUACUUGGUUAGAAGUUUGAGGAGAUUGGGUCUAUCACUAAAAACUCCAGCAAAUUCCUACAGAUUUACCGUGGAGAGCAUUCUGACUGGUUACAUCAAUGUCUGGUUUGGGGUUGGGAGGGGGGGGGCACUACACAGAUUCAGAAAAAGCUGCAGAAGGUUGUAAAGCACCGAGGGCACUAGCCUCGACACGAUUAAGGACAUCAUCAAGGAUGCAGCGUCCAUCAUGAAGGAGCCUCUCCAUCCUCCUUUUCUCGGGAGCCUAAAUACCCACAGUCAACACUACAAGAACGGCUCUUCCCCUCCACUGUCAGAUUUCGGAAUGGACCAUGAACAAUUCCUUGGUUUUGCUCUCCUUCAGUACUAAUUUAUUAUUUCUAGAAUUCUUACUGUAAUUUCCAGUAUUUUUUAUGUAUUGCACUGUCCUGCUGCCACAAAACAACAAAUUUCACAAGUCGUCAGCGAUAAUAAAACCGAUUAUGAUUCUCGCA